AAAAGACUGCAAAAAAGAAAGACACUUUCACGAAUAUCUACGCUAACAAUCAAACAAAACAAUUUGCAGAUAUAACAGACAAACGUUGUCAAUCAGCCACGCGUAAUAAAUACGACAUAAAAACAAAGAUCAACUAAAAAAAAAUCCCUUUAUCGAGGAGUGUGUUAGCGUGGACAACGAUUGACUCUGGAUAAAAUGAAGCAUUUGAAAUUUAAAGUCGGUUUUAUUUACUACAAUAUUAUCAACAGAUUUAAAGGAUGAAGAGUGGCACGUCAUAUUGGAAUAUCUCAUUUGUUAUACACAAUUUGUUAACCUUUGCUCUGGUCAUCGGUUUGCAAAAUCAUUUUCUAUAUACAAUAACAAAAACUGUAACAGUUGUGGCAGUGGCCUUACCACAAACGCAGGCAGUAGUUGGAGCUACAGCCGCAUUAGUUGAAAGUUUACAAUUCAAUGCUUUCGAUACAACACGUACUACAUUUGCCUCAUCGCCGUCGUCAUCGUCGUCCUGGUCAUCACCAUAUCUACCAUCAUCAUCAUCGUCUUUUCAAGAAGCUGGUGCUGUUCAACAGAAAUUUUCAUCACCUUCUCUAACAUCAGCCAUAGCAUAUCCCACAUCAACAAUAACAACAACAAUGUCUGGUUUUCACAAUACUAAGACGUCCAGAAUUAUGGGCAACAGCAUCAACAGCAUUAGCCCAACAACCCAAACGAUAAACAUGAUGCACACAACAUUUAAGACCAGGGGCAGCAGUAGAACUACUAGUGCUAGUAGCAGCAGUAGUAGUAGUGGUGACAGUGGCAUUAGUGGCAAUAGUAUAGGCACCAAGUUGUUGGGCAAACAACAAAAUAGUUUAAGUUCUUAUCCACCCACCACCAGUAGUGGCAGUGGGAUCAGUAGUGGUGCUGGAGCUGGAUUGUCAUCAUUUAAAAAUGUUAAGAAAAGUAAAAGCACCAUCACAGCCAGCAAUAGCGAUACGAGCAGAAGUCAGAGCAGCAGUAUUUAUAACAAUGACCAACAGCAACAUCAAGACCAUCAGCAGCAUUUUCCGCUUGACUUUACAUUUUCAAAAAAUCAUUGGACAAAUUCAGAUGCUGCUCUUAAUGGGGGUGUGGAUGCAGGUAUUGGUGGCACAAGUAGUGGCGUUGUUGGCAAUUUCAGACUGGCCUCUUUAUCAUCUGUAACAUCUUCAUCCUCAUCAUCAAUAUCAGCGUUUUCGUCAUCAUCAUCGUCAUCAUCAGCGACGGAGACAGAAAGGCCGCGUAUAUUUCGUAACAAACAUCAUCAUGAACGUCAUUGGGGGCCAUUUUUUGAAGAGCCACUCAACUCAACAACCUCAGGCGAUAAUAGUAUAACAACAGCCCAUCUCUAUACGGAAGCAGUACUUAACUGUCGAGUUGGAAUGCUUAAAGACAAAACGGUCAUGUGGGUGAGACGGACAUCUGAGAAAGUAUCACUAUUGACUGUGGGAAAUGUCACUUAUAGUAGUGACCCUAGAAUACGCGUGAAAUUUCAAUAUCCCAACAAUUGGCGACUGCUGAUAAAUCCCACCCAAUGGGAUGAUGCGGGCAUUUAUAUGUGCCAAGUAUCGACACAUCCACCAAGGGUUUUUACAACAAAUUUAACCGUUAUAGAACCUCCUUUGCGUUUAAUUGAUGACCAAGAACGAGAUGUUGGUGAUCGUUAUUAUAAAACUGGCAGCACCAUUGACUUGCAGUGUCAAGUUUCCCGUAGCUUUUUAUACAAAGAAAAACAAAAUAUUUUAAAAUCCCUUAAGCCUUUAAAUGUACACAAUGACAGUAACACCACCAGCAGCAACAAUAGCUCUACUACGGCAAGCAGCAGUAGUUUUCGUGGCACAAGCAGCAGCAGUAGCAGUAGUAGUGGAGGUACCGGUAGCAAUACUUUAAAUCCUGGCUACAGUAACAACAAUAACAAGAAUCAAACUAAAAUGACUGCCAACAAAAAUAGUAAUAAUAAACAUGUUAGUCCUGCUACAAAUAUUAAUGGAAUCUCGUCGCCUUCUUCCUCGGCAACUACAACCACUGGCUUUGGUUCUUUUAACAAUGAUUUAUUACAAAAUACAAACCAAUCUGCAACAUCCGCUGACAAGCAGGGAAUUGCUCUUGAACAACAAUUCAGUAAUUUAGUGUUUUGGUCAAAAGAUGAUGAAGAACUUCCGUCGUCAGCCUUAAAACGUAUAAGUUCGAACGAUAAAUGGCUUACGAGUCGAGUUACAAUCACCGAUGCAAAAUUAACUGACAGUGGCAAUUAUUCAUGUUCGAUUGGGCGACUGUUUACGGCCAUUGUACAGGUGCAAGUGUUGACAGGUGAAUUACCGGCAGCUGUGCAACAUAAUUCAGCUGCAGCUGUUGUUGUGUGCACUAUAAGCAUAAGAGAAUUGAUACAAUUAUAUUGGAUUUACGUUACAGCUGCCUACUUUGUUGUGAACUAAAUAAUGCCGGGAUACUUACAAGCUGCAGUGUCGGUGCGAUGGCAUAAACAGUUGACAAUUGCAGUUAUUAAGUUAAUUAAAGCAACUGCUGCACAAGUCAACAACAUGCAACAAAGAAACAACAACAACAACAAAAAGAAAAACUUAAAAAGAAUAAUUAAAAAUUUAAAAUAACAAAAAAAAAAAACAAACAGUAAAAAUAAUAAAAUAUGUAAUAAGCUAAAGGAAGAAGUAAAAUAAAAUAAAAUCCACUUUUCUUUAAUUAACAACAGUCAACAGCCAAUUAACACCACCAGUAACUCAGUCAUAUAUAAACAGUGGCAAAGCAAGCCAAAGGAUCAAG